CUCUAUUUUCUCAUAUUAUAAUACUAUAUCUAUAUAUAAUAUUUGCUCCAUUCUUUGCCCUCUCACUCUCACCCGCGAACGGAGAAGAAAGAGGGAAAGAAAACGGUUGCCUCGCCGGAAGGGAGAUGAAGGUCUUCGUGAAGACUCUUAAGGGCACCAACUUCGAGAUCGAAGUCAAGCCCGAAGACACUGUUGCUGAUGUUAAAAGAAUUAUCGAGAGUACUCAAGGGCAGAGUGUUUACCCAUCUGAACAGCAGAUGCUCAUACAUCAAGGGAAAAUUCUAAAGGAUGAUACAACAAUGAAUGAUAAUAAAGUUUCUGAAAAUAAUUUCAUAAUUAUAAUGUUGAGCAAGGGAACCUUACCUGCUUCUCCACACUUGUACAUGCUCUUGCACUCAUUCCUGAUUUUGGCAAAUAAGAUCAAGACCAAGGGCUCCACAAGUGGAGCUUCAACCACUACAAGUGCACCUGCAAAUCAGGCCCCACCCACUAAUACCGUGCCACCUGUCCCUUCAACACCAGCAUCAGCUCCACCUCAUGCACCUGCCACAAUGCUGGCUUCGGUUCCCACAAGUGCACCUACUCCAACUGCCACAGCUGCCCCAGCUUCUGCAGUUACUGUGUCCACUGAAGUAGAUGCAUAUGGUCAAGCGGCAUCUAAUCUUGUUGCGGGUGGUAACUUGGAACAAACCAUCCAACAGAUUCUUGACAUGGGUGGGGGGACCUGGGAGAGGGACACUGUUGUUCGUGCUUUGCAUGCUGCAUGUAACAACCCUGAGAGGGCUGUCGAAUAUUUGUAUUCAGGUAUCCUUGAACAUGUUGAGGCCUCACCCUUGGCCCAAGCGCCCGCAAGUGGGCAAGCUGCCAGUUCCCCAGUCCAGGCUUCACAACCUGUUCAGUCUGCAGUUCCUUCCAGUGGACCUAAUACUAAUCCUUUGGACCUCUUUCCUCAGGGUCUUCCAAACAUGGGGUCAAAUGCUGGCGGCGGCAGCCUUGAUUUUUUACGUAAUAGUCCACAGUUCCAAGCCUUUAAGGCAUUGGUGCAGGCUAACCCUCAAAUCCUACGGCCCAUGCUUCAAGAGCUGGGGAAGCAAAAUCCACUAGUUAUGAGGCUCAUUCAAGAACAUCAAGAUGAAUUCCUUUGCUUGAUCAAUGAACCUGCUGAGGGAGGAGAAAGCAAUUUAUUAGGUCAGUUAGCUGCCGCAAUGCCUCAAGCCCUGACAGUCACUCCAGAGGAAUGUGAAGCCAUUGAACGUCUUGAGGCAAUGGGCUUCGAUCGGGCACUCGUGUUGGAGGUCUUCUUUGCCUGCAACAAGAAUGAGGAGCUGGCAGCAAACUAUCUUUUGGAUCAUAUGCAUGAGUUUGAAGACUGAUUGUCAAGGUAUACUUGAACACAAGCUCAUUCAACCCUACCCACAGUGGUGUCUUAUGUCAAUACCAGUUCAGGUUAAAUUGCCCCCAACCCCCGGUGUCUGGUGUAUAUAUAGCCUACAUGAUGUGUCCGGAAGCUCUUAUUUGUGUAUAAAGAAUUCUCUUUGGAUCGUUUGCCUUCGUGAAUCAUUUUCAUUCUCUUUGUUUAAUCUAUAGGUUGUUUCGUUGACGUGGACUCUUUUAUUUUGGUUAGUUUGGGUGGAAUACAGUUUUCGGCACCUCGAAUAUC